AUGAGUGCGAUUGUGUUCACGACGCCGUUGACCACCGAGGAAUCGAGCUUCUACUCGUCGAAGUUCAAGCAAUUGGACUCCGAGAACCUUGGGAUCGUCUCGGGGGAGAGUUUGAAGCCGCUUUUCGCGCAGUCUGGGCUUGGAGCACAGGUUCUGUCGCAGAUCUGGACACUUGUCGAUGGCAACAGCAAGGGGUUUCUGAACUCCCAGGAGUUCAACGCGGCACUUAGAUGCAUCGGUAACUUGCAAGCGUACCCGUCGCUGCCCGUGACCAAACAACUGUACGAGGUGCCCGCGAGGAGACUGCCCGUGUUCUCCACGCAACCUGCGGUUCCACAGAAAGAUAUCCCAUUGCCCUCCCACAACGACGUUGCCAAGUUUUCCCAGCUGUUUGACAGAACAGCCAACGGGCAACAGUUCUUGCACGGUGACAAGGCAAAGGAUAUCUUCCUGAAGGCGAACUUGCCAAACCAAACACUAGGAGAGAUCUGGGGGCUCUGCGAUAGGGACUCCUCGGGCGCCUUAGACAAGUCAGAGUUCAUCAUGGCCAUGUACUUGAUCCAGCUGUCCAUGAACAACGACAGGUCGUUGUCGCCAGUGCCAGGGCAACUGCCCGCACAACUGUGGAACGCUGUCGCAACCGGAAUUCUGUCAUCCAACUCCACAGGGGUUUCUUCCCUGCCAGGUGGUCAACUGAGUGCGAACUCUACUGGACAACGCCAACCACACCACCCACCACAACCACCAUUGGGGCGGGUCUCGUCAAUGACCUUUAGAAACGCGUCGCACGACUGGACUAUCUCCCAGGAGAAGAAACAGCAGUUCGACGCUCUGUUCGACUCGCUGGACCAAAACAAGCAGGGAUCGUUAUCCGCACAGGUCCUCGUGCCCUUCUUCCUAUCCUCGAAACUGAAUCAGGAAACACUCGCUUCCAUCUGGGACUUGGCUGAUAUUCACAACAGCGCAGACUUCACAAAACUAGAGUUUGCCAUCGCAAUGUUCCUGAUCCAGAAGAAGACUUCCGGACUAGACUUACCGGAUGUCGUGCCCAACGAACUGCUGAACUCGCCAGCAUUGGGACUCAACAGCAACAACAACAACCAACAGCCACCGGCACAGCAGUUUUCCAUCCCAUCAAGGACUACAAAGCCAUCGUUUGAAGAAGCGCCAAGACAAGUAGCACAACCAUCCAACAACGGAUCCAUCAAUGACCUUAUGGGUUUGAACAGCUCCUUUGCGUCUCCUCCGCCAGCACUGCCCCGUCACGAUACUAACAACAGUAUUGACUCUAACGGACCACCACCGGCUUUGAAGAAGUUCACACCAACGUCCAACUUCGGCCAAAACAUCAUCAAGGAGGAAGGUGAGGGCGCGUACAACCAACCGCAGUUUCAAAAUAAGGCUGCUGCGGUUUCUCCACAGCAGAGGUCCUCUUCGGUGGCUCUACCACAAGUACCCAAUUUUGCCUCUUUGAGUAUCCCAACAUCGGCAACUGGUGGUGCUGUAGCGGCAACUGCAGGUGCUGUGGGUGCAGGAGUUGCAACGAUGGGUAAAUCUUUAGCAGGUGGGUUCCAGAACAACGACUUGUAUGCUGAUAGUACCGCAUCCGCUCAGUUGUCUAAUGCAACGACUGACUUGGCGAACUUAUCGAACCAAGUAAACUCCUUGACGACGCAGGCUACUGCCACGAAUACGAAAAAGGCAAGGGCAACCCAGGAGUUGCAAAGGGUCAACGAGAUGAAGCAGUCUAUCCAGACGAAACUGGCCACUCUGAGGUCUACCCACGACGCCAACGUCAAGCAGACAGAACAGCUGCAGAGCCAACUCGUCGUCGCCAACAAGGAGACGGAGACCUUGCAGGGAGAACUGAAUGUUGUAGAGGCCAAUUUCAACGCUAUGCAGGGCCAAAUCAACGAUUUGAAUGGACAGUUGACUCAAGCGCAAACUGAAAACCAAACUUUGAAGGAAAGGAUCAACAACUUCAACGCACAAGCGGCAGCUCUGCAGACGCAGCUAGAGGAGAAGCAACAGCAGGUGAAACAGGAAAGGUCUGUUGUGGACGUGAAUAGCAAACAGAUCGAACUAAACGACAUCACCGUGGCAAACUUCACUAACGAGAUCACCGGGUUGGACGAGAAAUUGGCCUCCUUCGUGAGCAAGCACAGCGAACUGGACAACUACCAAAAAACUUUGGAGGAAAAACAUGCCCAAUUACAACAGAAAUACGAGGAGUUGUCAAACACAGAAACCGAUCUAACCGAGAGACAAACCGCCUUGGACGAAAGGAACCAACAGAUCGAGGAACAAGAGAAGUUGUAUCACGAGCAAGUGACCCGUCUUCAAGGCAUGUUUGACGAGUUGGCGCAAAGAAGGGAGGAUUUCGAGAAGGCGGACCAAGACUUGAAGAAUCAACACAUGGAGUACGCUACUCACGUUCAAGAGCUAUCUGAAAGACAGAUGAAGUUGGCGAUGGGUGAGCUACCCGAUGAUGCUGAAAAGAUAAUCAGCCAGAAUAACAUUUUGACCAACGAGGAACAAAUCUCAAAGUUUGUCGACAGCACCGUCAAGGAAUCCCAUCUAGACAAAGCUAUGAAUGCAGAAGGCGAGAACGGUAAAGCGGAAAGCGAUGUUUUCAGCAAGGAUGUCCCCACGGUACCCUCUCAGACGGAGACUACGGAGGCCAAUAACUCUACUACUUUAAGUAACGGGAACGAAAAUAUUUCGGACCGGUUUGAAGGUGACUUGAACGAAUACGGCCUUCCAAGAAUUCAAUCAUUCACGUCAUCUGUCGCGAACAACGCUCCGCAAUCUGUCAGGGACGAUAUGGAGUUACCAGCUGUAGCGGAAAGAACCACUGCUCCGGAGAGUGCCGGUAACAACACUAUCACUUCAUCCACUGGGAGUUCUCAUAUCCCAGGAGAUUGGGAAACCCCACCUGCGGAGGCGCCAACAGCAUCCAACGACACGGAUUCUGAGACGUCGAUUCAGGAAUCGCCCAAACCAGAAGGGCACUCCCAUUUAGAAGAUGCCGUUGAUGCUGUCAACAUCCGUGCGCAAAAUACCAAUAGGAAUCAGAUUGACGAGGAGUUCCCACCGAUCCAAGAGUUGGAUGUCAACGACAGCGACUCGUCCUCGUCUUCCUCCUCGGAGAAGGAUUUCCAAGACACUCGUGACUCGAUGAAAUCGCCAAAGAUUCCUGCGAACGCACCUGCCGCUGUGGUGGAGAAGGAUGAGUUCGAUGACGAGUUUGCUGGGCUACAAGAGGCCGCUAUUGAGAACACUGCUGGUGGUGAUGACGCUGGGGCGGAGACAGCGACUCCUAACCUUUCUGGUGCAAAUGCUCAGUUCCGAAGUUACCCAUCUGCUGAUUUGGCCGGUGAGUUGAACGAUAACACAUUCACCGUGGUCCCCGCUCCCGCGGCUGCCCCCACGCAACCAGCGGUUCCGCCGCAUGCCGCUACGUCAAACUCGCCCAACGAUGUGAGCAACGACGAGUGGGACGAGAUCUUUGCCGGGUUCGGGAAUUCGAAAUAUGGUGUGGAACAACCUCCUACGCCCACACCACAGAGCCACCCACCGCGGUCACCACUUCCGCAAGCGCCAGCCCAGGGUCAGUUUGAGGCUCAACCGCUGUCGAAACCCCCUGUGAACAGGGCCAUUGCUACGACGCCCAAGUCUCUUGCUAUUGAGGAGCUGAGCGGGAUGGGGUUUACUGAGAUGGAAGCGACGAAGGCGUUGCAAGAUUGUAACUGGGAUUUGGAGGCUGCUACGAAUCUUCUGUUGGAUAGUGCUUGA